AUGGAUAACCAGGGCCAUCAUCAAUCUUCGGUGAAAAAACGUUCCAUUGACGAUAUUAUAAACAACAUAACAUCAGAUCUUCAAAGUUAUGAAGGUCGUUAUAUGGUCUUGGGUAACCCGAGACAAUCGACUGAUAUGAUGUGGCAGCAAGUGAACAACUAUGCAAAUCCUCCUCAGCCACAACAUAAUAUUUAUAAUCAAGAACCGAUGAAUUUGACCAACAACAACCCAUACAUAUUAAAUACUAAUCAGUAUACUCAAUAUAUGCAACCUCAGAAUUCAAUACCAGGAUAUGUUAACUAUGAUCAUCAAGUAUAUCCACAACAGCAUCAUCCUCAUCAUCUUCAGCACCAUCAACAGCAGCAGCAGCAGCAGCAACAGCAACAACAACAACAUCAACAGCAACAACAACAACAACAACAACGACCACAACACCAACAAACCUCUCAGCAGCAGCAACCAAUGAACUAUACAUACUAUCAACAGUCACAAUAUACUUCUCAUCCCAUGUCAUACCAGACCCCUACAUAUGGUCUUUUUGAUGCACCGUGUAAUGAUGCCCUCAUUGAAAACCUCGUUCAAAGUUGGAGCCAAACUCAAAGCAAUGGUAGGGUAUUUAGCCCUUUUGGAGAUCAAGCAUUUCAGACACCAAGAGAAAUUAUUCCUGAACAAGAUAUUAAUGGUCUUAACCAUAACACAAUAUCUAACCACAAAAAUAUUACCACACCAGUUAGAAAGGUUAGAAUGGUAGCAGAAGUGCGUCCAAUGCGACCAAGUUAUUCCGAUGUUUUAGCCAAGUCUCCUGCUGUAGAACCAGUAAAAAAGACUGCAGCUAGUACACAAGUAGAAACAUCUUUAGAUGUUAAAACUUCAUCUAAAGUAAAAACAACUGUCAAGAAAAAGAAGAAUUCAGCUAAGGUGGGUCAAGGAGAAUCUGGGUUAAGAAGACAAAAUUCGUCUGCAAGUAGUGAAGAGCGCAACACUCCAACAGUAGAAUAUAAAGAAGAUAAAAAGUCUGAAAUAACAAUCAACGGCAAUGAAAAGGUGUGGACAUCAUCUGAAGACUUGAACGGAUCAGAAUAUUUUGAAGCUGAUGAAAAUGCUUAUAGUAAUAUUUUGGUUCCAAAGUCUAAAGAAAAUAAUAAGAAAGAUAAAACGAAAGUUAAACCUAAGGCAGCAACUAUUCCAUUGUCAAAAAGCUUAGGUCAUAUCGCAAAGCCUCUUAAAGAUGAUGUUGAAAAACUCAAGUCCAAAAAAACUGUUCAACCAAGUUGUGUGAUUGGUGUUAAAAAAGACAAGUUGAAUAAUGACUCAAAAAAGCAUAACGAAUCAAAUAAUGUUAAUUCAACAACAAAAUUUGAUGAAAUUGAAAAACCUUCAACCAAAAUGUCUUCAAAUGUAUCCCAACUACAACAGACUGCAGCAACUAGUAAAAAUCAGGGUUCUCGUAGUACUGCAACAUUCACAGCACUACCAUUCAAAGCAAGAUAUCAACGUGUAACCAAGAAGCGACCACGUAGCUCUGCCAUCAACACAAUGAUAACGAAACAUUUGAACUUUUUAAAAGCCCAGUUUGUUCAAUAUGCUCCAUUAAUGGUCUUCUGGUUUGUUCAUCUAUUAUGGGACGUUAUCACCAUGAGCUUACAUUUACUUUUACAUUUGUCUGCAUCAGGUAUUACUCAAUUGGUCGAUUUUAGUAAGAAUUGCUGGAAGCAUUUUUGGAUUGGAUUGAGCUCUCCGUUUACAGGUGCAUCACACUGGGCUCGAGUCAAAUGGAAAGAUCAGAAUUCGGGUAACACUCUGCAAACAAAUAUUCCACUGCCUACUACUGGUGAAGAAGCACUUAAAAGGCUACUUGCUUGCAAAGGAAAAGAUCCGUACAGUAUUUUGGGUGUGACUGUUGAUUCAUCCGAAGAUGAUAUCAAAAAGUAUUACAAGAGACAAGCUGUUCUUGUUCAUCCAGACAAAAACAAUCAGUCAGGAGCUGAAGAAGCUUUUAAAAUUUUAAUUCAUGCUUUCAACAUGAUAGGUGAUCCAGAGAAACGUAAACUCUAUGAUAGUGGUAUUGAGCACAUUAAAGAAAACUACGAUGAACUAAACAAAUUGUUGAAAAAUCUUCAUGAAAAAAUGGCACAAGUUGCAAAUACAAUUAGGUGUACUAGCUGUGGUAAACGGCACAAAAGGAAAUUGGUGUUGUGUCGGCCAAUGUAUGCUGCACGCUUCUGUGCAUUGUGCAAUGUGCAUCAUUCCGCUCGUGAUGGUGAUAUUUGGUCUGAAAGCAGUAUGUUUGGUUUGCGCUGGAAGUACUUUGGAUGUAUGGACGGUGGAGUAUAUGACAUCACUGAGUGGGCCACUUGUCAGCACGGCAGUCUGAAACACAUGCGAGCAGAUACUCAUUCUGUACAGUACAGAAUAAUAUUUGGUGGCAAACAACAAACUCCCGAGCCAACGGUUUCCCCAUCACCACCUCCACAACCCAGAACACAAGCACCGCCACCACCUUCCACGCCCUUAUUUGAUUUUCAUCAACCACACCUAGACGAAUUCUUGAGUUCAUUUUAUCAACAUCCAGUGCCGGGUUCUGCUACCAAUGGUGAAUUUGGAACCACAACUGACAUUCCUCGGCAACGCACCAAAAACAAAAGAAAAAAAUAG